GUACCAGUCAACGUUGAUCCCAAAGUAAAUGAUCAUAACUUCUUAUAAGUAUCGAAAAAGGGUGCUGAAUCUGUCAUAUUUAGUGAAAAAUCGAAUAUAAUCCUAUCCAUCUUUUGUAAUUUAAUCUAAAUUUUUAAGUAAUAUGUCAACUAGAAUGACCAAAGACUCGUAGAUAUACUCAGUCAAUAAACCUACAGAAGCUACUUGUCACAUCUAAAGCCAAACUAAGAUUUAAAUCCAACGGAAUAAUGGAAGCAGCGGAAAAACUCAAACAUUAGGCAGAUAUGAAACUGGACGUUUACAAACAGAAAUGGUUCGAGCACUCGUUAUGUAUGCUCAACCACUAAUUACCUCGGAGCACGACUUUCGUUGCUGGAGGAGUAUUUCAAAAAAGUUGGAUAUGUAUAUGAGAGACUGUAUUAUUCAUCGCUAAUCAAAUGUUAGAGGAAAGACUACAUUUGGAGUUGGAAAAUCUAAAAACUGAUCUGACAGUGACUGCUCAGCAACUGAAUGCCAAGACACAAGCAGUUUCAAUUUUGAACGCCUCAUUGGAAAAGUGCAAAAAAGAGAGAAAUGAGUUCAAGAGAAUGGCAGAACAAGUAAUGAAUCGAUACCAGAUGCUUAAAAAAACUCUUAUGGAAUGUGAUAAAGCAGACCAAUAUUCUACCCCUGAUAUAAUGCAUUUAUCGACUAAACAACUUGCUUCUUUGUUAGUUGAAAGCAGAGAAGCUAACAAAAGUUUAGAACAUGAACUAAUGAAUUCUCGCGAAAAAAUUGAAGAACUCCAAGGAGAUAUUAAGGUGUUGAGGAGACAACUUAGCGAUCGUUCAUGUGAAAACCAGCACACAAUGGAUCCUAGAAUUUCUGGGAAUGAUCGCCAAACCUACGUAACUCAGUUGGAAGAGCUUACUUUUCAGGUUUAUGAACUCAAACGCGAAUUGGGGCAAUGUUUUGAUGAGAAACAAGAAAUUGCAACGGAACGAGAUAUAUAUCGUAAUAAAUGUGAUCGACUGAACAAUGAAUUAAAUUAUAUUUUAAGUGGAGAUGAACGAAAAAUUCAAGAUAUCGAUACCCUAAUAACUGAAAGCAGAAUCUUGAAAGAGCAAAUCCAAUCGUUGGAAAUGGAAAAGUCUUUAGCAUUGAGCACAGUAACUAAAUAUAAAAAACUUUUAGAUCGAAAGUUGUCAAAAAACUCAUCAGUUAGCAGUGAAAGUUGUAUAACACCAGCAACUUCACCUAAACAUCAAGAGAAGACAAUUUGACAUGGAACAACAUUUCACUGAAGAUGCUCUUGAAACAGCUUUCAGAUGGAUGAGUAACCUGCAUUCGUAUUAUGCAUUCAAAUCAUGAUACCUUGAGACAUUGUCAUUCAACAUCGCUGUGAUAUAUAUGCUCGUGUGAUUAUUAUUAUUAUUAUUAUUAUUAUUAUUAUUAUUAUUAGAAAAUUUCACCCAUUAGUAACAGUCAUUGUCAGCUUAUUGGAUAAAACAAUCAACAAUAUUUUAAUUUGUAAUAAAUAUGAAUAUUUUUUUAUAUUUUUAUGUAUAUCUUAGCACAAUGCAUAUGAAUUAUUAUUACUAUUAUGAUUAUUAUCUCUCCGCCUUCAUAUGUUUGCUCAUAAUAAUGCAUUUUGGAGUCAUAAGAAUAGUAGUGACAAUAAUACUUGACAUGACCCUGACUUACGUCACAUUACAGCGUUCAAUAUAUUAACUGAACAACAAUUUGUGUUAUUUCUUUUACUUCUCUGAAAUUAUUCUUGUAUAAUAUUCAUUCAUAGCUUUGCUUUUUGUCUUAUUGAUGAAAAAAAUGUCAUAUCAUUGUAAAAUGAAACAAUUUCACCCUUUUCUCCGUUGUACUCGAUUAAGUUUGUAUUAAAUUUAAACAGUUAUCUGUGAUUCUUGUAAUUUUUAAAAUCAAUUGACUAAAAUUUUACAUAAAAAUCAUUCGUCAACUACAA